AGCCCCCGCGCAGCCGGGCCGCGAACUACACUUCCCGGCAGGACGCGGCGCGCGCAGGCGCACCGGGGCCUCCGCCAUGGCGACAGUGCUGUCCAGGGCGCUCAAGCUCCCGGGAAAGAAGAGCCCAGACCUUGGGGAGUAUGACCCCCUCACCCAGGCUGACAGCGAUGAGAGCGAAGAUGAUCUUGUGCUUAACUUGCAGCAGAAGAACGGAGGGGUCAAAAAUGGAAAGAGUCCUCUGGGAGAAGUGCCAGAGCCUGACUCUGACACAGAGGUGGCCGGGCCUGCAAAGCCCCAUCUUUCUGAAGUCACCACAGAGGGGUACUCCUCGGAACCCCUUGGGGGCCUGGAGCAGAAGACAACCUCCUCUCUCGUGUCCUACGUGCGCACGUCCGUCUUCCUGCUAACGCUGGGGAUCUCGAUGGUCCUGGUGCUCCUUUGUGCUUUCCUCAUCCCUUGUCCCCCCAGAGACCUGCACAGCACUUGGAGCCGGCGCCUGGGCUCCCAGCGAGGUGGGGACCUGUCCCCGCUGGAAUUGGCUGACGUGAACGGAGAUGGCCUGCGGGAUGUGCUUCUUUCCUUUGUGACAUCAAGGAACGGGAGCUCUGCAGGUGGCCUGAGACCAGCUGCUGAUCUUGUGUGCCUCUCGGGGAUGAAUGGCAGCAUGUUGUGGUCCAGUCCCCUCCCAGAAGAGGCCCAAGAUGUCACAUGUUUGGAGCUGGCGCCAGGCAACGUGGCUGAAAUCAUCUGUCUUGUGACCGGGACGCACAAGAUGCUCAGCGCAUUCAAUGCAACAUCAGGGAAAGCCAUCUGGACGCUCAGCCCAAGCUCCCUAACCAACGGCACCUUGGCUGCCCCUGCGGUGGUGCUACCAGACUUGGAUGAGGAUGGCGUUAGAGAUCUGGCAGUUCUGGCCACUGGGGAAACACAGCCAGAUGUGUACUUUCUGCUGGUGUCUGGCCAGACAGGGAGCCCAGUGGGCCGACCUGUGAAGUACAGCAUCGUGGGCGUGGGGAAUCUGAUUGGUCCUGAGGUGUACAUCACGGCCAGUGGGGCUGUCUACAUCCUGUUUGGCUUUGGAAAUAUACAAGCUGUCGCCCUGCGGGACAUUUUUGUUCAGGCCCAAAAUCGAGACAGCUCACCACCUUCUCUGCAGAUAGAAGAGCCAGAGUGGGAGAAGCGGAGAUCCGUCAACCUGUCUGAGCUCAUUGACAUAUACAGCGAUGGUGUUGAGCUACUCCAGGUAGUGAAGAUGCCUGAUUCCAACUGCAGCAACCUCCUGGUUACGACCAGACAGAGCCUGAUUCUGCUUCGAGGACAAAACCUUACACCUUACUGGACAUUGAGCCUCCCAGGCCUGCGCAGCCAGCCUACUCCUGGGUAUUUCACUGAUGAUCAGACAUUAGACUUCCUUCUGCAGACACAGGAAGUUGUUGGGAUGAAAAAGAUGAUGGUGGUUGAUGGUGACUCUGGCUCUAUCAUUUGGAGUUAUAGUGCUCCAUGUCACAUGAAAGAAACCCCGACCACCUCAGCAGUGACCUCAGACCGGAAGUCUGUCUUCCUCUUCUGGGCAGAAGGACUGUCAGCUGUGCCACCCAAUGCUGAUGGCAUCCUAGGAGCUGAUGGACCCCGCCUUUACCACCUUUACCUCCUGCACCCAACCUUCCCCUCCAUCCUGCUGGACCUGUCCAAUGCCACAGGCACAGUGACAGCCUCAAAGGUUGGAAUCAAUGACCUCUGGAAAGAUGCCUUUUAUGUCACCAGGACAACAGGGCCAAGCUCUGAAGGGCAUCCUGCACCUGUGGUAGUCAGCAAGCUGAGCCUUCGGUGGGCAUUGAUGGAGAGCCAGAUGGUCCAGCUGAAGGAGACCACCCCCAAAAUCGGCAGGGGAGAGCUGCGAAGAUUCCUCUCUAGGAUAAAGUUUAUUGAUUCUCCCUCCCAGAUCUAGUCUACUAGAACCUUCGUUUCACAAGAAGUAAACAAGCGUGAGUCCCUUCUCUCUGCUGCCAGUGUAAAAGCAAUUCUUUGGCAAGGGGAAAGCUUUGGCCUCAUCUAAGCCCUUCCACGUAGUUGACCUUUGCACUCUGGAAAGCUGCUGGAGCUGCGAUACCGCAUGACCGGCUCGGCUGGGACAUCGCACCACCGUUCCGUUCUCGUGUUAACCCCCUCUAGGAUCUCUGUGUGGAUAGUUUGGAAAUGUGAAUCGUCUAGGUUAUUAUUAUUUUUUUUUACAUCUAAUUUAUAAACUGUAUCACUAGGACAUUUUAUUUUGCAUUGUGCCAUGUGUAUAUAUUUUUCAGUGUUGUGGUGAGAUUAUUUUCAGACCUGCCCUAAGCUUCAGGGAUCUCAUUUCUUGUCCUCUGCAAAGACCUGUGGUUUGGUCCUCUCACGUCCUGCCUUGGAGGGUCACUGCUCUCUCCCCUGUGCCCUGGCUGUGUCUGAGCUGGAGAGAGCAGUGAGAGACUCUGUCGGCAGAGGACAGAGGUAUCCAUCCAGCGUUUUCAUCUCUUCUUUCCCCUAGACUUUCCAUCCUUAAGUGGCCAUGAGAAUAGUCAUGUUCCUAUCACAAGGGGAGCAAGAGAAAGUUUCAGUGAUCUAAGCAGGUCCGUGGGUGGUAUACAUUUCUGUUGGCUCUGCCAGUCAUGACCUUUGUUUGUGCAGUGGUGGCAGAGGGUGCAGGGUUGGUCUGCGCCUCAGAGGGCUGGGAGUUGGGGCCCAGGGAACCCAUGUCCUUCUUCCUCUGCAUCUCCUCCCAGCAUCCUCCUUGCCUCCCUCCCCUUCCUUUCUUCUUUCUUCAGGGAUAUAUUUCUGGACUAUUUUGUUACUUGAGUCCAGUAUGCAAUCAUUUUGCCGUGUACCUUCCCUACUAGAGCCUUGGGAGCCUUGUAUUUUGAGAAAAUUCUUAUGUAAAUACCAUAAAUUUUAUAAGUGAUUAAGUUCUUUAGAGUUAUUUCCAGCACUUAACUUUCUCCAUUCUUCUAUAUAAUUUAUUACUUCUAGGUCAUUGUCUAUAUAGCAGAAAAUCCAGUGGUAGGAAAAAACCCUGAUGGGAAAAAACCCUGCUUUACUUGAGUAAUUUUGAUAGAUUGCCCCUGAGUGAAAAUCUGGUUUUCUUUCUUAGGCUAGGUUUUUUAUCUUGUAUCAAAUAGAGUCCAUAAAAUGAUGGAUUCCAGAUUUCCAGGGAUAUCUAUUAACUGUCCACUGGUAAGUGUUUACAGGGAAUUGGUACAAAUAGAUCCAAGCAGGUGUAUUGUUUGGCCUGCAGAUUAUCUGACCUGUGGAUUGGCGUUACCCAUUUCUGGGUACCUCUACCAUAAAAACAUAUUUACUUUCAACACAUAGGAGUUGUGGGUGGGUCCAGCUUGAAUUUACCAGAACUGUUAAGAGGAUACUCCCAAAUAUGGGAAUCUUCACUUCUGAUUCCUUACCAGGCAUUUGAAUCUAUUUGGGUAGCAGGGUCUGGUAAACCUUUCAGAGCUUUCAGUAAUAACAGCCUACAAUGAUGGCAUGGGUUUGCCACCACUGGCCUAGGAUAUAGGUUUCAGAACCAAUGUAUAUAGUGGACCAAAGCCCCCAAACUGUAGUGGUCCUAUGGCAUGGCUGAGCCAUCUAGGUAUACCCUGUCCUCUACCAUUUUGAAGCUUUUUGAGAAGCCAGCUAGCAUAGACAGGAAGAAAAGACAAAAUUGUUUAUUGAAAAUCUGGGUGGAAUUUGGAUAGAGAGCUAUGUGUGUAGGUUAAGUCUCAGACACAGAUAAGAGGAAUCUAGAAAAUAGAGUAACUGAAAUCUGCCUCUUAAAAACUCUGUACUGCAAGUUUGACUCCCUCCUUGCUAAGCACAAUGCAAGCUCUGAGUUUACUUCCUCUUGCAGCUAGUGCAGAUGGCUCUACGUGAUGCUGAAGGCCAAGGAAGCAUCAUUUGGCUAACGUAGAUGCUGGUCUCUUGUCAGAUGUGCUCAGAAACAACCCUCUCCUUGCCAGAAGCUUCCCAGCGCAGAUAGCUAAGACAAGAAGCACUGCUUUCUUUUCCUAGCCCAAACUCAGGCUUUCCAGCAAGGCUAGCUGGACCACUGCUUAGCAGCAGUGAGGACUUCUAGAAAUGCAAGGGCUUUCUCUUCGCAACCACUCCCUUUCCUUCCUUGCAAGCCCUCCGCUCUGUGCUAGGCAGUGUCCUCACCAUCCCCCAAAUGUGUGGCAUGGUCCUACCAACUAACCUCAUGAAUGUGAAUUGCUGUCCUUAUUGCCCACAUGAAAGGAGAGCCAGCUGGUCUGUUGUCCAGAAGCACUACUUAAAAUGUGAACUGUGACAGAGCAAAUAAAUACCGUGUACCGG